CGACCUGUCGCGCAUAUAUUGCUCUCCCUCUCCCGUUGCUUCCUCGGCCGGCCUCUCGUUCCGACGCGUCGCGGCCGCCUUUCCCCAGAGGUUCCGAGGAGCGAUCCCGUCGAGCUCGCGCUCGCGUGCGUUCGCGCAUUGGGCCGGACUGCCUCGUGAGGCCGCGUGUGCGAUGAGGGGCGGCGCCUCGGCGGGCCACCCGCGAUGGGGCUCCGCGGGGACGACGCCGCGGUCGCUCAGCACGGGCUCCUCGCCGCGCGGCUCCGAGCCGGCCUCCGAGGACGGGGAGGAGCUGGUGGAGGUCACGCUCGACCUGCAGGACGACGACACCAUUGUGCUGCGGAGCGUGGAGCCGGCCGCGGCGGCGGCGCUGGGCUCGGGCUCGGGGGCGCUGAGGCUGCCGGUGCCGGCGCGGGGCGAGCUGGGGGACUGCGGCGCGUCGUCGUCGUCGUCGCGGUCGCCGUCGAUGCGCCGGACGUCGUCGUACCGGCUGCUGCAGCUGUCGCAGGAGCUCAUGGCCGGCGCGCGGCACUUCUCGCACGACCUCACCAGGCGGUUCAGCCGCAGCCACAGCCACAGCCGCGACGAGGCCCACCAGCAGCCGUCGUCCGGCAUCGAGUCGGCGCUCGCCGCCCGCGCCGCGCGCCGGCAGCGCGCGCAGCUGGACCGCACGCGCUCCGGCGCGCACCGGGCGCUCCGCGGCCUCCGCUUCAUCAGCAGCAACAAGGCCAGCAACGCGUGGAGGGAGGUGCAGGCCAACUUCGACCGCCUCGCCCGCGACGGCUACCUCUCCCGCUCCGACUUCGCGGAAUGCAUCGGGAUGACGGAGUCCAAGGAGUUCGCGGUGGAGCUGUUCGACACGCUGAGCCGGCGGCGGCAGAUGAAGCUGGACACGAUCAGCAAGGAGGAGCUGCGGGAAAUCUGGCAGCAGAUCACCGACAACAGCUUCGACUCCCGCCUCCAAAUCUUCUUCGACAUGGUGGAUAAGAAUGCGGACGGCCGGAUCGGGGAGGCGGAGGUGAAAGAGAUCAUCAUGCUGAGCGCGUCGGCCAAUAAGCUGUCGAGGCUUAAGGAGCAGGCGGAGGAGUACGCCGCGUUGAUCAUGGAGGAGCUCGACCCCGAAGAGCUGGGAUACAUCGAGCUUUGGCAAUUGGAGACACUUCUGCUGCAGAAAGACACCUACGUGAACUACAGCCAGGCGUUAAGUUACACAAGCCAGGCACUGAGCCAAAACUUGGCGCUAAGGAAGAAGGGCUCCAUCCGCAAAAUAGGCAACUCCCUGAUCUACUAUUUGGAGGACAACUGGAAACGCUUGUGGGUGCUCGCGUUGUGGAUUGGAAUCAUGGCUGGACUCUUCACCUGGAAGUUCAUCCAGUACCGCGAGCGCUAUGUCUUUAAAGUGAUGGGCUACUGCGUGACAACUGCAAAGGGCGCCGCUGAAACCUUGAAGCUGAACAUGGCAAUCAUCCUCCUGCCGGUGUGCCGCAAUACCAUUACUUGGCUGCGGAAUACAAGGGCUGCACGUGUAUUGCCAUUUGAUGACAAUAUCAACUUCCACAAGACUAUUGCAGCAGCAAUUGUGGUUGGUGUUAUUCUCCAUGCAGGGAACCACCUUGUAUGCGAUUUUCCACGGCUUAUACGUUCAUCAGAAGAAAUGUACGCUCCUUUGGGAAUUUAUUUCGGGGAAACAAAGCCAACAUAUCUUGCAUUGAUCAAAGGAGUCGAGGGCGUCACCGGGAUAAUCAUGGUUGUGUGCAUGAUAAUUGCUUUUACUUUAGCAACCCGGUGGUUCCGGCGUAGCCUAGUAAAGCUUCCAAAACCAUUUGACAAACUGACUGGCUUCAAUGCUUUCUGGUACUCCCACCAUUUGUUUGCCAUUGUGUACGUGGCUCUCAUUGUUCAUGGCCAGUUUCUGUACCUUAUUCGUGUCUGGUACAGAAAAUCGACAUGGAUGUAUCUUGCAGUGCCUGUGUGCUUGUAUCUAGGGGAGAGGAUUCUAAGGUUCUUCAGGUCUGGCAGUUAUGCUGUCCGGCUCUUGAAGGUGGCCAUUUAUCCUGGUAAUGUCUUGACGCUGCAAAUGACCAAACCUGCGACCUUUCGCUAUAAAAGUGGGCAAUAUAUGUUUGUUCAGUGUCCAGCAGUGUCGCCCUUUGAAUGGCACCCCUUCUCAAUUACUUCAGCACCUGGGGAUGAAUAUCUCAGCAUCCAUGUUCGGCAACUUGGUGACUGGACACGAGAGCUCAAGAGAGUAUUUUCCGCGGCCUGCGAGCCCCCAGUGAGUGGAAAAAGUGGUCUUCUUAGAGCAGACGAGACAACUAAGAAAACCUUACCCAAGCUUCUGAUCGAUGGCCCUUAUGGUUCUCCUGCUCAGGAUUACGGCAAGUAUGAUGUUUUACUACUUGUUGGAUUAGGAAUUGGUGCUACACCCUUUAUCAGCAUUUUGAAAGAUCUCCUCAACAACAUCAUUAAGAUGGAGGAAGAGGAGGAUACUUCUACGGAUCUCUAUCCACCAAUUGGUCGGAAUAAGCCACAUGUUGAUCUGGGUACGCUUAUGAGGGUUACCACAAGACCAAGGAAGGUUUUAAAGACUACAAAUGCUUACUUUUAUUGGGUGACACGUGAGCAAGGCUCUUUUGAUUGGUUCAAAGGAGUCAUGAAUGAGAUUGCCGACAUGGAUCAAAGGAAUAUCAUUGAGAUGCACAACUACCUCACAAGCGUUUACGAGGAAGGGGAUGCUCGGUCAGCGCUCAUCACUAUGCUUCAAGCUCUGAACCAUGCCAAGAAUGGUGUCGAUGUUGUCUCUGGAACUAAAGUUCGGACACAUUUUGCAAGACCAAAUUGGAAAAAGGUCCUAGCCAAAAUUGCCUCAAAGCACCCGUAUGCGAAGAUAGGUGUCUUCUACUGUGGAGCUCCAGUCCUGGCACAAGAACUUGCCAAGCUUUGCCACGAGUUCAAUGGGAAAUGCACCACAAAAUUCGAGUUCCACAAGGAGUAUUUCUGAAUUCCAAGUAGACACUUGACAGGAAACGAGAAUAGAGACUACGCUACUUGUACAGCAUUUUUGUCCUGGUAUAUUCUUUAUAAAGGACAGGAGAGGCCAAGGGGAAGAAGCAACCAUAGCCAUCGCCCCAGACUUCAGAAUCCCAAAUGCGCCAACAAGAAGGAUGUAGAACUACAUGUGGCGUCCGUGAUGGCUUUUACAACAUGGACCUGCGAGGGGAUUCCUCCCGGUAGGCCUCGAAUGUACAGAGACCACCUGAAGAAGAAGACCUUGAGCUUCUCCUGAAUAUAGUUGGGAGUAUAGGAUGCUGAUAUGUAGGACAUAGGAAGGGAACCACGAGCCACAAGGCUAAUUAACUGUAUAUUUUUUAUCA